AUGAUCAUUGAAUCGGUACUAAAACCCAUGAGCAUUCAAAGGGUAGCGGUGGACUUAGCCGCUGUCCUAGGCAUACUGACAAUAGCCUACCUCUUCUACAACCGUUUCGUCCAUCCACUCCGACGAAUCCCAGGUCCAAUCUUCGCAUCCCUAACACCCUGGAACCAACUCUACCACGGUCUAAAAGGCGACCGACACCUAUGGCUACACUCACUCCAUAAAAACUACGGCACACACGUGCGCGUAGCACCAAAUUUUAUCUCAGUUAACAGCGACCGCGGUCUACACGAUAUCUACGGCCACGGAAAGCGACUCCAGAAAGCAGAUUUCUACAAUGGCUUCACAGCCAUCAAAGGCGUAUAUAAUACGCACAAUGCAAUUGAUAAAGCUACACAUGGACGCAAGAGACGAGUACUCAGCCAAGCGUUCUCGGACGCAGCGUUGAAAGGCAUGGAAGACGUGAUACUUCUGCAUGUGCGACAGCUUUGCGCCUCGUUGGCGGGGUAUAGUGUUGAUGAGAAAGAGGUGCUACACACAGCAUCUAAGGGUGUGGUUCGAAAUAUGGGUAACUGGUUCAGUUAUCUUUCCUAUGAUGUUAUGGGGGAGUUGUGCUUUGGGAAGAGUUUCGAUAUGCUUGUGUCUGAUGGACGAAGACAUAUGAUCGGGCUGGUGGAUCGAGCUGCAAAUCGGCAUUACGUGUGCGGAUUAUGGAUGCCACUAGACAGAUGGCACCUCGACCAAAUCUUCAUCCGCCAACUCACCCAAGACCGCUGGAACUUCAUAAUGAACUCACGCGUGGAAGCAAACAAGCGCGCCCAAGAACGCGCACAAGCAGGCCGCGAAGCCAAAAAAGAUUUCUUCUACUACCUUCUCAACGCCAAAGACCCCGAAACCGGAAAAGGCCUCAGCACACCCGAACUAUGGGGCGAAGCAAACGUCCUCAUGAUAGCAGGAAGCGACACAACCUCCACAACACUAGCGGCAGUACUUUUUUAUCUCGUCCGAACACCAAAAGCGCUCGAGAAGCUAGUCAAAGAAGUACGCAGUGCAUUCAGCCACGUUGAAGAGAUAGUUAGCGGGUCAGCAUUGAACGAGCUAGUUUAUCUUAAAGCUUGUAUUGAUGAGGCGCUGCGUCUUGCGCCUGCUGUUCCGGGCGCUAUUCCUCGAGAAGUAAUGGAUGGAGGCGUGGUAGUUGAUGGAGUCUUUUUACCGGCUGGUACAAAUUGCGGAACACCGGUAUACUCUAUUCAUCGACAAGAGGCGUAUUACCGGGAGCCAGGGAGAUUUGUACCAGAGCGCUGGAUUGAAGGGGCUAAAUGCUUAGUCUCAGUUGAAGGAACAGAGACAGAGACAGAGUGGAGCACGACGAAAGAAGAAGUCGAGACGGCGCGUAGAGCAUUUUGUCCCUUCAGCAUUGGACCACGUGGAUGUAUCGGGAAGAGCAUGGCAUUUAUGGAAAUGCGACUUACGCUCGCUCGUCUCAUCUUCCUAUUUGAUAUGAGUCUUGCUGAUCGGGUUGGCGAGGAUGCCGGGGGCCAUUUAGCGCUUGUAGACCAUUUUACCAGUGCGAAGAACGGGCCAAAUGUCGAGUUUCAAAAAGUGAUCAGUAUCUAG